CACUAGAUCAAUAUAAUGGCACGGUACCGUAAACUUAGCAUUGCACUAUUACUCUACACUACUAUACUAUGGAUAUGCCAGAUGUCCUGUGAUGUCACUGCGGAUGGGACUACCGCUCUCCCAGAUAGAGUACCUGGUAUUACAGAGUCACGUGAUGGCCCUAGUAGCAAUCCAUUAGACCGGCCAGAUGACCACAUUCAGGAUAGUACAUCAAGCACUGGUGACUCCCUAGGAUUCUACCAAAAAUAUAAGCAGUUUGUGGCCAAGCAUAACAAGACAUUCACUAUUGUCUUUGGGGUACUGUUUGUCAUUAGCUUAGUAGUGGCCAUAGGGGUCUAUGCCGGUUGCGACAAGAAUGAGUAUCAACCAAUACCCAUACUAUUGGGUAUCGGCAUAUUCGGGUUUGUACUGUACAAGUUAUAUGGCCACAAGGUAUUGGCCUACUUUAGAAGCAAAAAGGUACCUCUUGUAAAGGACACUGUGGAUACCGUGGAUUCUAGCACAUAGCUGUGAAGAGAAGAG